CCUAGUUCAGCGACAAAGAAUAGACCUCCUGUCUCCAAUGUCCAAUAGAAAGAUUUGUUUUCGCUCGGGAGUAAAAUGAUAUCUGAUUUGCUGAGGAAUCGCAGGGCUCAAGUCGAACGAAAUAACGAAUGAUUUGAAAACAAUGUUACACGAGGUACACGUUACCUCGCAAUGUUACUCUCGUUGGACGAUUCCUGCGAUUCGAACCGAGUGGAGUCGUCACUAAUAUGACUCGGUAGGACUACGAUAAUUUUUCUUACCCGUUACGUCGGCCAAACGUUCGUCAUGGAGAAGUCACGAGACGCGAACUUCGAAUGUUUUCCGAAUCUGACAACGCUUGCCGAUGAAGCUUGAACGCUCACGAUAAUGAUAAGUACCAAUCCUCGGAAAAAUCACAGAUCUGAUUAUAGACGAGAUGAACGACAAGAAAUGUUGGUUGCUCCACCGUUGGAUUUAUCGUAUAGGAAAGCAGCUACCGUGAACGACCUGAUGAAGAAGCGAUACGCACAGACGACACGCACUGGGAAGGCACCGAUAAGAACCAUGAAGGAUCGUUAUGUGACCAGUACAUUGUGGCUGAGUAACAAUCUGCUGAGCUCGAUGGACGGCCUGCAACGUCUCGCGAAUCGAGUCCUCGACGAUCCUGCACACCUCAGCUGGCUGGAUUUGUCCUUCAACGAAAUAAGCGAGAUCGGCGAGGAUAUCGAGCAGUUUGCGAACCUAAAAAUCCUCUACUUGCAUGGGAACAAAAUUUCAAACAUUGCGGAUGUCUUAAGGCUGAAGAAGCUGUCGAAUCUUAGAUCUUUGACGUUACACGGUAACCCGGUCGAGGAUAUUCCCUGCUACAGGGGUUACGUUGUACACCUUCUGCCGCAGCUGCAAGUCUUCGAUUUCUCACCGGUAAUCGCCGCCGAGAAGAAAAGGGCGUUACCUGUCGGAUUCGCUAAAAUGAUACGCCCAGAGAUACGAAUAUAAAACUUUAUUCUCGCUGUAUACUUUUGUGAUACAUCCUUUUCGAUUCAUCUCUUACUUUUGUCGUAACAUUUUACCACGUCGGUUUUACAAAACUUGGACGAGCGGGGAAUUAAUGUUUCUCUCGGAAGUACAAGGUAUAUAUUUGUUUAUGGGGAGUUGACCUAAUUUCUCAAGUAACAACGACGCGGUGAGAUAUGCGAUUACUCUUGUAUCCUAGCAAAUUCGUGACUGAGUAAAAAAUCUCAAAGGAUGUACAACAUAAAAAGGUAAGACACUCUGU